AUGAAAGGUUUCGUUAUAAUUAUAAUCGCGCUAUUCAAUAUUGUUUUCGGUGAUCAGGCUACUGUUAAAGAAACUAUAGAGGAAGAGGACUUACGCUGCGGACAUGGUAACCAAGAUGCUGAUAAUCACCUAUUAUCCUCAAUAACGCGUCGGCCAUGUUUUAUUCCACAACAACGUAUAGGUCCACAAAAAAAACCAGAAUCAGAAGAAUAUUCACCACCAAUUAUAAUGACACAAGUGCCGACUAAGGAGAAACAUACAAAUGUGUACAAAUUAUACAUGAUCGAUAUAUUAUUUAAGGCUUUGAUGGAGGAUCGCGAAAGGGUUCAAUCACUAAAUCACUAA